AUGCCUGCAUCUCAAACGGGAUUUGGUAACUUCUUCAUUGACAGAAAGCUCAAUAUGCCUGCUGGAUAUCAGAUAUUAGGAUAUCCCCCUGGAGGGCCACAGCCACCUCCGCACCUUGCUACCAUGGCUGGGAUGCCCCUACCCUUUUCAGGAAUACCGGGAUACAGUUUCAUCCCGUUCCCACAUCCUGGACACAUGGCUCAUAUCGGCAAUUCAUACGAUCUAAAGGCUGCGACACCAUACCACCAAUCUCUCUUCAACCGAAAUGUCCCAUACUAUUCUCCAUAUCGCCCCGUAUCCGCGGACGACCCCAGCCGAGUAACUAAGGUAGCAACCAGGGAGAGCACCAGUGCACUUAAGGCUUGGCUCAGCGAACACCUGAAAAAUCCAUAUCCUACUAAAGGAGAGAAAAUCAUGCUGGCCAUUGUUACCAAAAUGAGCCUGACCCAGGUGUCUACAUGGUUUGCCAACGCUCGGCGUCGUCUGAAGAAGGAAAACAGAGUGAGUUGGGCAUCUAAAGGGAAGAGUGACGAGGAAGAGGAGGGCGAGAGUGAAGAAGAGGGAUCCUCGCAGAAAGAUCAGUGUUCCGACGAGGACGAAAUCGAUCCCCAGACUGUUGACGUGGAGGCCGAUUUAAGCGAGAAAGUGGAAAACGAGAGCACAUGCUCGGGGGAAGAGCGUUUAGCAAAAGGUCUUGAUGCGCCAACGGAAAAUGACACCAUCAGCACUGGGACCGUUAAGUCAGGAAAGAAGGAGACAGUGUGUGAAUCGUCGAAUAAACUGUGUAAGGAAAGUCCUAAUGUUCACAGGCCUAAAAUCUGGUCUCUGGCGGAAACUGCAACUUCAGACACAGUGAGGAAGCCCAACGAUGUUAAAAUAUAUCCAAACCUUGACCCAGCCCAUAGAAAAUGGUGGGAAAGUUGGCCAUCAAAGAACAGCUAUUUUGCUGGAGGCUACUGUGCACAUGACUUUCUUAAACAAAGUCAGUUAAACAGUUAAUCCAACACAUACAAGACUUUUGUUAUUUUGCACUUUGAAUCCUAAUUCUCGCGAAUUAACAAGAACUCUUUGGUCAUGACGUUUACAGUUCAAAUCCAGUAACUGGUAUAAAACUA